AAUGGUCGCAGUGAAAACAAAAAUAAAAAAAAACAGCUUAGAGAAGUACAGUCCAAGAGGACGGGGAAUUCCUCAGGGAAGGCGCUCGUGGCCGUGAUAGCAACAAGUAUGACAGAGAAAAAAAUAGGACACAUCCUGUGUUUAAGCCAAUAACACUUCACUGGCCACCCCCUCUGCAUCCUUGAUUCUAUUUAGUUUCAGCAUCAUUGUGCAAAACUCUGCUCUUCUACCCGGUGCUUCUGCAGAGCUCAACGCGAGUCACCAUUCCUGCGGUCCAUCAUCUACACAAUUAUUGUAAAUAAGAAUUGUCUUGUGUUUGGACAGCUUUUUGCAGACCUUUGUGCCCCGUGACGCAGGAAGAACUAUUAAAGAAGAUUAGCACUGGCGAGGCAUUAUAUCCAACCUCCCACCAGUCACACGCCGCGCGACCUAUCAACUUGAUCUUAGGAUCGAAAAUAGGAGGGCUCAUAUUUUAAUCAGCACUUCGGACUGGAAGACAAGUAAAAGUAGGAUCGCCCGGUGAUCCCCUGGCAUAACAACUGACCACGGCGCAGGGAACAAGAACCGUGAUCAAUGAUUUGGGCAGAAAAAAUCGGGCCCAUUGGACAAUAAAAAGGAAAUAGUCUAGUAUUUUUUCCCGCGGAUUGAGUGCGAAGUGCUGUGCGCUCUCGUCUCCGAAUGAACAGAAAUGGGGGAAUGGACCAUACUCGAGAGGCUCCUAGAGGCUGCUGUCCAGCAGCACUCUACUAUGAUCGGAAGGAUCCUAUUAACAGUGGUGGUGAUCUUCCGGAUCCUAAUCGUAGCCAUAGUUGGAGAGACAGUUUACGACGACGAACAAACAAUGUUUGUCUGUAACGCUUUACAGCCGGGCUGUAACCAAGCGUGCUACGACAAGGCCUUCCCAAUCUCACACAUAAGAUACUGGGUGUUUCAAAUAAUCAUGGUCUGCACCCCGAGCCUUUGCUUCAUCACCUACUCGGUUCAUCAGUCUGCAAAACAGAAGGACCGCCGCUUCUCCACCGUGUAUCUCACCGUGGAUAAGGACCAAGACUCACUGAAGCGAGAGGACAGCAAAAAGAUAAAGAACACGAUCGGGAACGGAGUUCUGCAAAAUGCUGAGAACUCCAAUAAAGAGGCUGAACCCGACUGCUUGGAGGUUAAAGAAAUGCCCAACCCAAAUUUGCGGCCUGGCAAGUCCAAAAUGAGGCGUCAGGAGGGCAUCUCCAGGUUUUACAUCAUCCAAGUGGUUUUCAGAAACGUCCUGGAAAUUGGCUUCCUAGUGGGCCAGUACUUCCUGUACGGAUUCAAUGUCCCCGCCGUGUACGAGUGCGACCGGUACCCGUGCAUCAAGGAGGUCGAGUGCUACGUGUCAAGGCCCACGGAGAAAACGGUCUUCCUGGUGUUCAUGUUUGCUGUCAGCGGCUUCUGCGUAAUACUCAAUCUGGCCGAGCUCAAUCAUCUGGGCUGGAGGAAAAUCAAAACGGCCGUAAGAGGAGUGCAGGCUCGAAGAAAGUCCGUCUACGAGAUCAGAAACAAGGACUUGCCCCGCCUGAGCGUACCGAAUUUCGGCCGCACUCAAUCCAGUGACUCUGCAUAUGUGUAGUUCAGUAUAACCAAGUAUCCAGCACACAUGAACGAGAUGGACGGCUCUGCUCGCCGCUAUAACGUGUCAUCAGUUAAAGGAGUGGGUAAUUUUUUCUGUUUUCUUGUCCUUUAAGGACGGCGUGGAGGAUGGCUGACACGUUUGCGCUGAUGCGACUUUUCUCCGUGCCGUUUGGAGCACAAGGACAGAGUACACCGCGCAUUUACUCUCCUGUGGGCCGCUUAGUUGUAGGUACUUGAAGAGAGUAAAUGCGUUUUGCACUAAAUAACGAUAAAACCCGGGCCACGCACAUCUCUCAUUGUGCCGUUAUCGGUGUUUUUAAGCGAUUUUCCACCGGCUUUUUGUCCCACAUCAUUACAUUUUAGCUAUAGGUACAACGCACAGCAGUUUGACUAAGUCCACAUUCAGCCUAUAAAAUAAGAUAGAAUAAUAUGAGGGGCGAAUAUGUUCCUAUAAUAUAUCAAAUAUUUUCUUUUUUGUUGCCUGUGUUGCACCGCUGACCUUAAUGUAUGUAACCAUUCCAGAGCUUUAGUGGAUUUGCUGCAAACGCUUACCUUAAUUUUAAACCCACCAAAGCGCCCACGGCUUUCAUUUGUUAAGUGUUCUUUAUUUUUUUUCGUGUAAUUAAGUGCCAUACUUGUACAUAAGAUGCAUAUGUAUACAAACAUAUAUAUAUAUAAAAUCUCUAAUAAUAAUAAUUAUUAUUAUAGACAUUAUUAAAGCGGAUUCCUUGCUCGGAUUGCUAAACACCGCCCAGGUUUGCUUGAAGUCUAUUCGUUGUGAUUUAAAUUAAAAAAAGAUAUAUAGAUAUAAAUAUACAGAUAUUCGGCAUUUUUCUCUUUUAACUUGAAAACGAAAAAUGACCGAGAAAUAAACAAAGUGCUGGUCUUUUUUGUACACAAUAAUCUCUUUAUUCGCCACAAUAGGUGAUAAAAAAAUGAUAGCACACAUAUUUUAUAAGAAAUUAUAUAUUAUAUAACGGAAAAUCAAAAUAUGGACAAUGAGAACUUCCUCUGGUGCUACAUUUUUUCCCACCUAACAGCUGUCUGUGUAAUCCAGGAAAAUAAGAAAAAAAAAAUUUCAUCAGAGCAAACAAGUGAAAGAAAUGUACACCACAGCCGUUUGGAGCCCUGAGGCUUUCUCUGCAUCUCUCUGUGACCUGGCAUGCGUCUAUCUCAGGCACUAAGAAAGAAAUGUGCUGCAUUAAGUGUCAGUAUGAGGUAUGAAAAUUGAUUUGACUGAAAUCUCAUUCCUUGUCAGUAAUGUUAGGAAUUUCCUAUAUUUAAAUAACGUUUGUUUCCAUCUAUUCUGAAUGCGCUUCAUAACUGUGACCUGGGAAAUAUUUUGAUUGAGUCUAUCCAAAAUUUCACACUCAGUAUUUUCCAGUUAUUAGGACUUUUUAUACCCUUUGAAUUCUAAGGUCAAGUAAAGAGUUGCAUGUUUAAGAAAGCAUAUUAGAGAGCAUUAGGAUGUUGUCGAGGAAUUGCAGGGUCUCGGCUGCUAUUGCUUGGGAGUUGGUCUUUCCCUUUUUUCCGUUCCUGUCUUUAUUUGUUGCGUAAGAAAUAGUGCAAUGUAGUGUCUUCAGAUAUUCGCUCUUCCUGAAGGUCAGGAGAAAAUAGAAACGUUAAGAAAAAUGUUGACCGCAGUGUGGGGACUGAGAAUCAAGGAGGAUCUAGGGACUCGCUCACUGCAGCAUCUGCCAUAAUGACUCUGCAAUGCAAGACUGAAGAUGGAGGAGCUGGUAACUCUCACAUCAAUCUUCAACUCCGAAGAGAUGUUUCAGGUUUCCAAAGCUCAGAAACUAAUUCCUAAACUCAUAAACAAUGCUGCAGGGAAGAAAAGUAUAACGUGCCUGAUCGGCCGGACAGUGCAAUGCAACACUCAGCCUUUUUCUCUCCUCCCCUUUCUGUCCUAUGACCAACAUUCCAAAACUGCAUUUAUCUUGAAUCAGUGAGAUACACACGGACUUUAAUAAACUGUCAUGAGAGCCCACACAACUCUAAACCGAGAUGUCACUGAACUGAGCACAUUGUGAUUGUGUAUGCAAUCCACACACAAAAAAAGCUUUAAUAAAAAACCUUC